CCUAACAAUAUUUACUUUUUAAUUGCGUUAAUUUUGAUUAUGCAGAUGGGAGACCGUCAAGCAGCAUAGGGAUAAACUAUGGGCGGCUAGGAAACAAUCUCCCAUCUGCAUAUGAAACCAUAGAAGCCCUGAAGGCCAUGCGCGCCACCCAACUGAAGAUCUACGACUCCGAUCACGAGAUUCUCAAGCUCUUAUCGGGCACUUACAUCCGCGUCACAAUCAUGGUCCGCAACGAAGACAUUCCCUCCCUCGCCUCCAACAACCAAACCGCGGCGAGGCGUUGGGUCCACGACAACGUUCUGGAGUUCUUGCCGGGGACAAUGAUACGAGGUGUGCUGGUCGGGAACGAGGUCCUGAGCGACAGCAGUGCCCAGAGUUUGUGGCUCCAGGUGGUCCCCGCCAUGAAAAACAUCAAGAAAGCGUUGAAUCUUCACAACAUUCAUAACAUCAAAGUCGGGACUCCCGUCGCGAUGGACAUCGUGGAAACCACGUUCCCGCCGUCGAGUGGGCGGUUCCGGGCGGAUAUUCCCCGAGACGAAGUUUUGUUACCUUUGUUAAACUUUCUGAAUAGAACGAGGUCGUUUUUCUUCCUAGACGUGUACCCUUAUUUCUCGUGGGCCGAGAAUCCGUCCAACGUUAGCCUCGAUUUCGCUUUGUUCCGAGGAGGAAAUGAUACGGUGGUCGUGGAUUCGGAGACCGGGCUGGUUUACACUAACCUAUUGGAUCAAAUGCUCGAUUCCGUGGUUUUCGCGAUGCAAUAUUUAGGGUUUAGCGACAUGCGGAUUGCGAUAUCGGAAACCGGGUGGCCUAACACGGGCGAUCUCGAUCAACCCGGAGCCAGUGUCUACAACGCCGCGGCGUAUAACCGGAAUCUCGUGACCAAAAUGAUGCAAGACCCGCCUUUGGGGACUCCAGCUCGGCCCGGAGUUCCCAUUCCGACGUUCUUAUUCGCUCUGUACGAUGAGAACCGGAAAGUUGGGCCGGGGACGGAACGGCACUGGGGGAUUCUCCGGCCGAGUGGGAGGCCGGCUUACGAGCUUAACCUCACCGGGGCGGUGCCGGAAACGGAGUACCCGCCGCUGCCGGAGCCGGAUAAUAAUAGGCCGUACGAAGGGAACUUGUGGUGCGUGGUGGCGACGGGUAUUCGGGUGUUGGAUUUGGGGCCCGCUUUGGAUUUCGCGUGUGCUGCCGGGAACGGAACCUGCGAUGACUUGGCUCCCGGCGGCGACUGCUAUGAGCCGGUUUCCAUUCUGGCUCAUGCGAACUACGCGUUUAGUUCAUUCUGGGCCAAAUACCGGAGCACCGGAGCUAGUUGCUACUUCAAUGGUCUUGCCACCAUGACCACCGUGGAUCCAAGUCAUGGAGCAUGCAAAGUUCCAAGUGUUUAUGUCUAGAGACGGAAUUAAAAGAUGGCUUCGACAAGGAAGGGCUUAUUAUUUAUUUGGUGGAAUAAUCAUUUUUUUCCAUUUAAUUUCGUUUUAUAGUAUCUAAAUAAUUAUUCUUAAUUAUUAGAUUAAUAAGGAAAGUGUGAAAAGUAAU